AUGCAGACAAGGAUGGACACCCGGUUCGAGAGGAUGGAACACCGUUUGGAGAUGAUGGAGAAGGGCCUUGACGAGGUAUGUACAAAAUUUUCUACUAUCGAGACUAUGUUCGCUGCCAUCAUGAAGGAGAAGGAGCAAUCAUCCGACUCUAGGACCUCCCACGAGACGGACACAUCCCAGACCACGAACCAUACCACUACGUUGUCUGGGACACCAAAAAUUGACCUCCCCUCAUUUGAUGGAUCUGACCCAACUGCUUGGAUAGCCAGGGCUGAGCAAUUUUUUUUGGUUCACCACACUCCAGUAGCGGAAAAGGUUCCAAUUGCGCUCGUCGCCAUGUCUGGGGAUGCAUUGUAUUGGGUUCAAGGUUUAAUGCGCCAUUUUCCUACUAUCGCUUGGCCCCAGUUCAUUGAAGAACUAUUGUUUCGCUUCAGCACUCUGACGACUGUGAAUGCAUAUGAGGCUUUGAAGGUCACGCUGCAAACCGGCUCUGUCGAUGAGUAUAUUGCUGAAUUUGAAGCUUGUGUUGCUCAGGUAACUGAUUUAUCUGACCCUCAUUAUUUGGGUCAGUUUUUGGGUGGUUUACGCGAGGAUAUCCGAAUCCGCAUACGUGAUGACCCUUCCAUGAAUGUGUAUGCUGCAAUUCGAUUGGCUCGUCAAGUGGAACGUGAAUUGAAUUUCGCAAACUUCCCAUCAGGUAAGGGACAACCUCGUUCAUCAUACUCUCCCUUCUCAAGUUCUAGCCGCCCAUUACAGGCUCCACGGUUCUCGUCACCUCUCCAGCAUAGCUCACAAAUCCAACAGCCUCAAGCUCGCUCGACUCCCACCCUGAGUUCUGGAGCCAGCCAAAAGGGGUCAACCUCAAAUACAGGAUCCACUAUCACAUCUCAGAAGUUCCGUAGAGUGCGUCAACUCACACCUUCCGAGUACCAGUCCCAUCGGCAACAAGGUCUAUGUUUUCGGUGCAGCCAACCCUAUGGCCCGACACACGUUUGCCCAGCUCGUUCCCUAAACGUGAUGCUCGCGGGUGAGGAGAUGGACGUUUCACAACCUUCAGAGUCGGAGAUACCCAUUGUCUCCGAAUUGGUAGAAGAGGUCCCAGACCCUCUGACAACUGAACCCCCACUUCUCCAUAACUUACAACUUUCACACCUUGCAGCCAAGGGUUUUGAUGGUCCCCAUACGAUGAAGUUGAUAAGCAGACUUGAGAAUUUCAAGCUCCUGACUAUGGUGGAUAGUGGCGCGAGUCAUUGUUUUAUCUCAGAAAGGGCUGUGGAUAAAUUGGGAUUACAUGUGGAGCCUUCACCGACGUAUUCUGUGAUGCUCGGCAAUGGUCAACGCAUUUCUGCACAGGGAUUGUGCCGCGCCCUUCCUCUUUAUUUGCAGACGGCUACAUUUAUGGUUGAUUGCUUUGUUUUUCCGUUGGGGGGGGUGGAUAUAAUAUUGGGUGUCUCUUGGCUGGCUUCGUUAGGAGAUGUGAAAGCAAAUUGGAAAAAUUUGACAAUGGAAUUAGUUAAAGAUGGUCGUACGGUUCUUCUGAGAGGGGAUCCCUCGUUCACCCGCCAAGCUGUUUCUGUGGCUACAGCAAUUCGUGAAUUUUCUGACGGUGAGCAAACAUGGCUUUUAUGGUCGAUGGAUCAUUCGGAAUCUCCACCACAUUGUCCUGUGUCAAUCGAGCCUCAUUCACCAACUCGGGAUGCACUCUCGCCCCUUUUAGCAGAAUUCUCGGAGAUCUUAACACCAUUUUCUGGACUACCUCCUAAGCGACACAUUGACCAUCAUAUUAACUUACAACCUGGUACCGAACCCAUUUCAGUGAGACCAUACCGCUACAAUCAUUUCCAAAAAGAUGAAAUGGAACGACUAGUGGCAGAUAUGUUGGAAGCUGGGCUACAUCGUUUUAUACCUGGAGAAGUGAGGACACAAUCAUUAGUAGAGGAUCUUCGGGACAGGGAUGAGGUCUUGCGCCAUUCGCGUUUCCACCUGGAACGUGCUCAACAACGCAUGAUUCGGGAAGCGAAUAAACAUCGUAGAGAUGUGGAGUUUGCAGUAGGUGAUAAAGUGUUUGUCAAAUUUCGUCCUUUUCGACAGCGAACACUUUUCCGCAGCAUGAACACUAAGUUAGCACCUCGAUUUUUUGGGCCAUUUGAGGUAGAGGCUCGUAUUGGAGCAGUUGCUUAUCGAUUGAAAUUGCCUGGUACCGCAAGGGUGCAUCCAGUCUUUCAUGUUUCGCUGUUAAAAGCUUCAAUGGGAGUGAAUUCCGUUGAGCCUACAUUCCCUGAUGAAUUGUUGGGAGAUGACCCAUUAUUUAUUCCGGAGAAAGUGCUGGCGCGACGAGAGAUAGAGCGCAAUGGGGAAAUGGUUCCACAGGUUCUAAUAAAAUGGGUGGAUCACGGGGAUGAUGAGGUAGUUUGGCUGGACACUGAGGAAGCUAUCUUGCCUGAGGACCCUUCGGGGUAG